AUGUUAGUAUCAUUGUUACAUUUAGAUUCGCAAGAUACAAUAUACGAACACAUUUUUGAACGGUAUAUCGAAUUAGAAAACAAUUCAAACUAUUUAAAACAAGAUUUAGGCAUUCAAAAUAGGUCAUUGGAAUUGAUUGAAAUCGAUAUAGACCCACCACCAGAAAACUAUUCUUCGAACAACAACAAUAACAACCAAAAAAGAAAUAAAGGGAAAAAAAGUAAAAGUGUGAAAACUCGAGAAAAUAAUAACUAUCAAAAUAAAUGUAUUAAUGACAGCUACCAUUUAUCAAUUAACCAAAGCCUCUGUUCUCUAAACUCCACUCAAAACAAUAAUUCUACAACUGGCUUUGUUUUAUGGCAAUCGUCUCCGCUUUUCAUCAAAUGGUUGUUAUAUCAGGAAAGUGCUUCUUUCUUCAGAAACGGACACACUUCCAGCGAUAGCAAAGAUACCAUUCUUCCUUUAUGUGAUGAAUCUACUAUUUUAUUAGAGUUAGGCUGCGGUAUAUCGGGCAUUUUACCCAUCAUUUUAUCGAAUUAUGUUUGUACAUAUAUUGCCACUGAUCAAAAUUCUAUAUUAAAUAAACUAAAAAAAAAUAUUUUAUCCAAUAUAAAUGAGAUCAAUAAAAGAGAAGUAAUUAGUAAAACAUUGGGUAUCACAAAAAGCCAAGAUGAAGAGUUUGAAAAUUAUAAACAAUCGAAAAAUGAUAAUCAUAAUACCAAAAAAGAGGUUGUUUUAGAGAUAUGCCCGUUAGACUGGGAACAUCCUAUGUCACCAGCAACCGAUUUAUUUCUAAAUACUUUAAUAACUUCGCCGUUAAAGCAAAACAAUAAUUUAUUAAUAUUAGCUAUGGAUGUUAUAUAUAAUACUUACUUAAUAGAACCGUUUUUGUCAACAAUUGACACGAUUUUCCAAAAGUAUUCAAAGAAAAACUUUUUUUCAGGCAAGGUUCAGUGCUUUGUCGGUAUUCAGUUAAGAACACAAGAUGUUGUGGAAGAAUUUUUGAUUAAAGCAGUUGAAAAGCAUCAAUUUAUGGUAAAGUUCAUUGACGAUCCUAUGUUUCUUAACAAGUCCAGAUUUGCUUAUUAUUUGAUUGAGGUGUGA